CCCACUUUAAUUUCUCCAUCCAAACAACUCCCCCAACAGAAAUACUCCCCUAGUCUCCUCCCUCCCUUCCACUCAUGGCGUCGAUCCUCGCUUUCCUCUCCGAGAGGAAGCACUCGCUCCUCCUCAUCCUCUCCCUCUUCCUCCUCUCCUCCCUUCUCCUCCUCUCCCUCCCCAGCGUCCCCAUCCCCUUCUUCUCCGAUCGCCAACGCACUCCUCCGCCCCCUUUCCCCCCUCCUCGAUCGCCUCCUCCUUCUCCGACGACGACGACGACGACGAUCCAGAACUCUAACCCUAGCCCCGCCGAAUCCUCCGGCGAUGGGAGGCUACAAGGCGAGGGAGAUGAGGAGUUCGAGUUCAGGUGGGAGAUCUGUAGGGUGGGGAAGGGGGUGGAGGCGGCGGAUUACAUUCCCUGCUUGGACAACGUGAGGGCGAUCAAGGAGCUGAGGUCGAGGCGCCACAUGGAGCACCGGGAGCGGCAUUGCCCGCGGCCGGGGCCGCGGUGCCUCGUCCCACUGCCGCGGGGGUACCGGGUGCCGGUGCCGUGGCCGCGGAGCAGAGACAUGAUAUGGUAUGGCAAUGUUCCUCACCCUAAACUAGUUGAGUAUAAGAAGGAUCAAAACUGGGUUCGGAGAUCGGGAGACUAUCUUGAAUUUCCUGGAGGUGGAACUCAAUUCAAGCAGGGAGUAACACGCUACAUUCAGUUCAUUGAACGGAUUCUGCCAAGUAUUGAGUGGGGAAGACACACAAGAGUUAUACUUGAUGUUGGUUGUGGUGUGGCAAGUCUUGGUGGAUACCUUCUGGAUAGGAAUGUCCUUACUAUGUCAUUUGCCCCAAAGGAUGAGCAUGAGGCUCAGAUACAAUUUGCACUGGAACGUGGAAUUCCGGCUUUCCUAUCAGUGAUUGGGACCCAAAGGCUUGCUUUCCCUGAUAACGUGUUUGAUCUGAUUCACUGUGCGAGAUGUAGGGUCCAUUGGGAUGCAAAUGGUGGACGGCCAUUAUUGGAGCUCAAUAGGAUUCUCAGGCCUGGAGGUUUUUUUGUGUGGUCUGCAACACCUGUAUAUCGUCAUAAUGAAAGAGAUGAAACCGUCUGGAAUGCUAUGGUGGCAUUGACAAACUCCAUCUGCUGGAAGACACUGGUGAAAUCUGAGGAUGAAUCUGGAAUUGGUAUUGUAAUAUAUCAAAAACCUCUCUCGAAUUCCUGCUACAUUCAGAGAAAAACCAUUAAUCCACCUUUAUGUGCUCAGAAUGAUCGAACAAAUGUAUCAUGGUAUGCCCCACUUGAUAGUUGUAUUUCUCAACUCCCAAUUACCAACUCUGAUCAAGAACAUAUUUGGCCGCCUCCUUGGCCUGAAAGACUUAAUACAUUUUAUUCAAGUCAACAUGAAGAGCCAAACGGAAUUCAAUCUGCAGAAAAGUUUUAUGCUGAUACGAAGCACUGGAAAUCACUUGUUUCAGAAGUAUAUUGGAGUGAUCUUGCAAUUAACUGGUCAAGCAUUCGUAAUGUCAUGGACAUGAAUGCUAGAUUUGGAGGAUUUGCGGCAGCACUGAUGGAUCAACCUCUCUGGGUGAUGAAUGUGGUACCAAUUAGCGAGCCAGAUACUUUACCAAUUAUUUAUAACAGAGGGUUGAUUGGGUCAUAUCAUGACUGGUGUGAAGCUUUUAACACAUACCCUCGGACGUACGAUCUACUUCAUUCGAGUUAUCUUCUGGAAAAUCUUAUGAAAAGAUGCGACAUCAUUGAAGUAGUGGCUGAGAUGGACAGGAUACUAAGGCCAGGUGGAUGGGUCUUACUGCAAGACAAAGUGGAAACGAUAAAGAAGAUAUGCCCUGUAUUACGAUCUCUUCACUAUGUGACCACCACUAAACGGCAAUUUCUUGUUGGUAAAAAGGGUUUCUGGCGUCCAGAUAGUGGAGGAUCCUCCAGAUAAAAUGUAGAGCACUCAACGACCGAUCAAAUUUUGUGCAAGGACUUUAAAAGUGGUUUCUCAAGUUUUCAUUCACUUAAUCUUCAUCUACUGAGCUGAUUAGACUGCUAUAAAACAAAGCUCAUCUUGUGACAGAAGCAGCUCUUUACAGGGCACUCCCCAGUAAUCUUCGGGAAAGAAAAAGCAAAACAAAAACGAAGAGGCUCUGUUUGCUUUCUGAUUCAUCUCCAAUUCUUUCAACCGACUGCUUAUUAAGUUGCGGCAAAACUCUUCGAUCCAACGCUAAUAAAUAGGUUAAAGGAGUGAUCGCUUGUGUUGAUUUAAGGACCUUGGGCACAAUCUUUGCAUUGUUUUACUCUUCAUAGUCAACCAGUAACAAAAUUGAUUAAUUGAAAAUUUCACUAACUUCUACGUUGCUAAGUCCAAUGUUCUAACUAGGCGGUAGUGUCUCUAAUUUUCGCUUCCAUCUUAACGGUAA